GGAAGGAGUAUUCACAGAAAGAAAGAAAAAAAAAAGAUAGAAAAAAAAUGGCAAGCUCAAGCUCUAAUGAAUAUGUGACAGUGGAAAUUGGAGAAGGAAACACAUACCCAUACCCAUCAAAUGUUUAUACCCCCAGUUUUAUUAGCUUGAAGCUUAGUGGUAGGGAUAACUAUAGUAUGUGGAAAACACAGAUGAUAUGUCUCUUAAAGAGUCAUGAUAUAUUUGGUUUCAUUGAUGGAACAUUCAUAAGCCCUAAUGAAGCCAGAAGUAGUAGUAGUGUUUCCGGAAAGGAGAAAGUGGGUGAGCAUCACACUCAUCAAAAGCUGUGGACACGAUCAGAUGCCCUUGUGAAGGGUUGGAUUCUUGGUUCUUUAUCUGAAGAAACACUCAGGUAUGUUCUGAAUCGCCUCACAGAAAAACCCCAUCAAGAGAGAAAUGAAGAUCAUGAUUUCAGUGCAAAAGAUGUUUGGCAUGAACUGCAGACUAUGUAUGGUCCUGUUGUUCUUCCGCAAGUGUCACCUGUUGUUGAAGAUACACUACUACAAGAUAAAGACAUAGCAGAGGAGCUUCAGAGAUUGUACAGGUAUACUCACUAUGGAAUUUGGGAUUGGGUCGAAAGAAUAUUGAGUGAGGGAAUGGUUACAGUGAUAGACAAAAUCACGAAUAAUGGCAACACCGCACUCCAUGUAGCAGUCGGUGCUUCCAAGAAGCCGGAAUUCUUAGAGAAAUUGUUGGAAAGGAUACCGGAGAACACACAACUCAUGGAUCUAAGAAAUUCAGAUGGAAGCACGCUGCUUCAUGUUGCUGCUAUUAUUGGCAACACUGAAGCUGCUGACAUCUUGGUGGCAAGGGAGCCUGAUUUGUUGUUGGCCAAGGACAAUGAGGGUCAGACACCACUGGCCCUGGCUCUUUCAAAUAUGAACACCCAAACAGCCCGACAUCUUUUGGAGCACAUCAAUACUGAUACACAGAAGGAUGCUCUGUUUUCUGGCACAAUUGGCGAUGGCCUUCUAGUUACUCUUAUUUCCUCUAAAGAUUUCCGCUUUGCAAUAGAUUUGUUGAAGCAUUACAAAACAUUGAAUACUGAUGCUGUGCUGAUGGCUAUAGCUCAAAAUUUCCCACGUGAACUCAACCGACUUGAAAAUUUUAUAGUUGUAGGGAUUGGUGGAUUACUUGAGAGUGCAUAUGAAUUUUGUGAAACCAUUUGCGAUAUUAUUAAUAGCAGACGGGUUUUCAGGUUGAUCAUUUAUGGGACUGGCUUCAUGCUUAUGCCUUUGCUGUUUAUCCCUGGAAUAUUAGUGUGGUUAUUAAUUAAAGAGAUACUUGAAACUCAUCAAGAUGCUAGGAGACUGUUGUGGCAUGUAUCUGGGUGGAUAAGGAGUGAAAACACUCCCACCUCUUACCAUCACUAUUAUACAAAUCCGAUUCUUGAAGCCACCAGACAAAAUGCAUUCCAAGUUGUAGAAGUUAUUGUGUUUCACUUCUCAAAUGCAUUUUGGAGUGCUAACCAAGAUGGUCACAACAUUAUCCAAUAUGCUGUGAUAAAUCGCUCAGAAAAGGUGUACAACCUACUUUAUCAGAUGAGCGAACAUAGGAAUAUAUAUCGAACAAUUAGAGACUCCUAUGGGAAUAACCUGUUGCAUCUAGCUGCAAGAUUGGCACCUAUCAACAAACUGAAUCUUAUAUCGGGGGCAGCUUUACAAAUACAACAUGAAUUGCAAUGGUUUAAGGAAGUGGAAAAAUUCAUUUGUCCUCUAAGCGUUAUACAAAAAAACUCUUUCAACGAAACACCACAAAUGAUAUUUACUAGAGAACACAAGGAGUUGGUGAUUGAGGGAGAAAAAUGGAUGAAGUCCACUGCGGAAUCCUACACAAUCACAGCUGCAUUAAUCAUUACCAUUGUGUUUGCGGCAGCAAUUACAGUGCCAGGAGGAACCGAUCAAGACACCGUGAUACCAGUUUUUACCAAUAGCACCGCCUUCACAGUAUUUGCAAUAUCAGAUGCCAUAUCAUUGUUCGCAGCUGUUACUUCAUUGUUAAUGUUUUUGUCGAUUCUCACUGCACGUUUUGCUGAACAAGACUUUCUCUUUAAGUUGCCUACAAAGUUGAUAAUUGGUUUGGCUACCUUGUUCAUCUCAACCACAGCCAUGAUAGUAGCUUUUGGUGCUACUUUGUACCUUGUAUUUGGCCAAAGGAACUCAAGGAUUCUUAUUCCAAUAGCUGUCUUGACAUGCCUACCAAUUACUUCCUUUGUGACCUUGCAGUUCCCUCUCAUCCUAUACUUGAUGAGUGCCACAUAUGGUCGUAGUAUUUUUGGUAGGAACAAAAGUUAUUAUGGUUUCUUUGAUAAAGUAUUUUUGGAGGAAUAUUGAUUUGAUAAGAAAUUGGGAAAUUAAAGAUCGAAAUUAUAGAGCAA